AAAACAAUCUGACACAUGAUGCCUAACCUAACAACUAUAAAUAAAAUCAAAACAUUGCAACUUGGCAUUGAAUUAUGCAUGGCAAUGUUGGUUUGGUCAUGAAAAAUGUAAAUAGCAUCCAACUAGCCUGAUCCCUGCACUGAGAAUAGUACCAAAACAGAGAUAUGCCUGGGAAGGUGAAAGUGAAGAUCAUAUCCGGCAGGAACUUGCCUGUUAUGGAUAGGUCUAGUGAUACAACAGAUGCUUACGUAGAGAUUAAACUUGGCAACACCACUUACAAGACUGAUGUUUGUCGAAAGUCUUUAAAUCCUCAAUGGAACUCUGAAUGGUAUCGGUUCGAGGUGGAUGACUCAGAACUGCAAGAUGAACCUUUGCAAAUAAGAUUGAUGGACCAUGAUACUUACUCUGCAAAUGAUGCUAUAGGCAAAGUCUAUUUAGAUUUAAAUCCAUUGCUAUUACCUGCUGCUAGUUUACUGUUGAAAUGGAAUAAAGAAACUGGGAAUAAUCAGGAAUCACCAUCAAAUUCAGUGAUGUCUGGAUGGAUUCCUGUUUAUGACACCAUGCAUGGAAUUCGUGGAGAAGUGAAUGUUGUAGUUAAAGUAGAAUUGUUUUCUGAUUUCAAUAAAUUCAGGCAAUCAUCCUGUGGAAUUCAAUUCUUUUGUUCGCCUUCUGUACCUCACGGAUAUUAUGCUCAAGUAGUUCACGGAUUCGUUGAAGAAUUAGUGGUAAACGAUGACCCGGAAUACCAAUGGAUUGACAAGAUCCGAACGCCGCGAGCUUCAAACGAAGCCCGGCAAACGUUGUUUUUUAAGCUGUCUGGUGAGCUGCAGAGGAAGAUUGGUGUUAAAACGUUGGACUUGGGUGGAAACGCUGUCGUUGGUUAUAUGCAAGCUUUUGAUCUUGAAGGAGAGUCGGGAAUAGUGGCUCGCGGCAUCGGAACUGCAGUGACGCUUAUAAAAAUGAUUGAUAUUCCCACCGAGAUAAAUCCUGAAACUGGAGCUGUUGAAGAGCGUGCGCAGAGUUAUCUGAAAUUCCUUGGCUCGGCCAAAGGCUUUUUCCUUAAUAGCAAUUCCAAUUUGUCUGUUGAUAAAUGUACUCCGCGAACCCCGAUGCCUUCCCCUUCGCCCUCAAUAAAAUCUCUAAAAUUUGAAAUAAUUUCCGAGUCGCCUCACCUAACGCGCCACCUAUCUGAUAGAGAAUUAAAUCCGAAAUCGAAUCCUCUCCACCAUUCGACCUCGUUACAAACCCUCUUGAGACAGGAAGAUUUGCGUGGAACCUCUAGUCCCGGCAUUUCGCAAACCUUUAAGAACCUAAAAUACACUUCGCGAAGUAUGUUCAACAAGAGGAUGGCUGUUUUGAAGGCUAAGAUGAACGACGAUGACUACGCUGUCGAGCCUGGUCAAAGGAAGUAUAGGCGAACGCAAAGCGAUUCCACCGGGAUGGCGGAGAUACUAGUCAGAUCCGUUUUCCAAGCAACUUCUAGUAUGGAUUGCAUCGCUGAAACACCGCACUUUGUUAAUCCUCACAUUGAAAUAGAAAACGCUGAGGAGGCGAAAGGAGUGGAAAACGUGGUAGCCACAUCGUACUUAUCUCUACCAGACACCUCCAUUACGCAAUCGUCAAAUGCUUCAUCAUCCUCAUCAGAUACGUCAAGCAUCGACGAGGAGUCUGAAAACAACGAGCUGGACACUGUAAGUCAUAUUGUCGAGAUCGUUAGGAAGCAGAGUAUGAUUAGGCCACAUCUGCGCGUUGAAGACACUUUGUCAAUGGUAGCAGCAGACUUAGAAAGUGACGACUUUAACACAUCCGAGACCAUUGAGCCUGACAAUAGUAGCAAUAAUGAUACACUCUCACUUGGAGGCGUUACACUCGAAGAAGAGCAUUUUGACGACAAUAGAAUAGUCACAGCAGCUAUUCAAAAUAUGUUACUUGAUAAAGUUAAAUUAUUGAAAACGUAUACCCCUCCAGUCAGUCCAACCAACGAAGAGUCUUUUUUCUGUCAUAUUUCUAAAACCUUUCAAAGCAUGAAAAAAUCUCCUACUGUGCAAUCCCUGAGUAAUAUGGAUAAGCCAAAUUUGCUGGGAAGCAAAUUCACCUCGUUACAUAACAUUCAUGAUGCUUCGUCCAGAAUCAAUAGGCACUCGAUGCACAAAGGGAAAGAAACUGUUCUAGGAGAAUUGUUUAAAAGAGUGGAUUCAACUAAUAUAGUGCAAUCUGAUGAGGAACUUAAGAAUAAGGGUUUUAUGGAAAAGAUUAAAGAAGGCAGUGAGAAAAUCUUCCAUGGUCCCAAAGCCCUAUACCAGAGACUCGAUUCGAAAAUUCACAAGAAGUGCGAAGAAGAAAUAGUACACAAUGAUUUGUUGGAGGCGGCUUUGGGAAACGUUUUAAUGGAAUCAAUGAAAGAUGUGUUGGUUACAUCGCACGGAAACACUCAGCAGGAUGACGCGAUUAUGCCAUCUGUAAGCAAUUCGGAACCUGAAACUCCGACGCCUACUGAAAAGAAAAGUUUUUUCAAAGGGAGUAAAGAGAAACUCCUAAAAGUUCCUAAAGUUCUUUUCCAACGACUCGACUCGAAAAUACAUAGGAAGGAACAGAGUCAAAUAAAAAAUGAGCAUGGACUGCUAGGGACGGCGCUCGGAAAUGUCUUGAUGGACAGUGUCAAUGAAAUCCUUGCCACUUCUCAAUCCCAAACACCCGAUCCCCCUAAUAAUCGAUCUAAUUCUAUAACCGUAGCGCCUGUCAAUACGGAAAUUGACACCGGCAAUAGUGAUAGCAUUAAUACUAUGCAUGCUUGCUUAACACCUCUUAGGAAACCGGAAAUACCACCAACUGAAAUACGCACAGAUAUUGGCCACCAUAGGACCGAAUCAAUGGGAACACCGAAGAUGUCCCAUUCCCCGAUCAAGCUAAACUCGUUACCAUGCAUUCAUCGCCGUUCUUCCGACUCGGACCUCAGCAUCACGCCAAAAGGAUUCCGAUUUAGGAAACGGAGUAGCUUAACAGGAAGCGAUCGAUCUGGAGCCGGGCAAUACAUGAGAAAUGCCGUUCUCCGAUCCACAGUACCGCCAGAAAAUUUUGAAAUCAUGGAGUAUCCGUUCCUUACCAUGUCUAAGUACCCUGACGGAUUCAUAUCAUUCAUUGGUGGUACAGUGAGUGCGAGAUCAGUGAAGUUGCUUGAACGUAUUUCCAAUAUUGAUGAACCGGAAUCAAGAGAUACUUGGUGGUCGGAAAUCCGGAUGGAAAUAAGGUCGCACGCGCGUGCUCUAAAUUGCAACUCUGUAUUAGGUUACACAGAAACCACCAGUAUAGUAACAUGACUUCAAAUUAAAACNNGUGAAGACGUUUGCGUCUUGAGUGCUGGAGGAACGGCGGCGAUUAUUGGAUGUCCUUUAUCCAGCGAAGCUUCAAAUACCCUCUCCGGUCUUCCCGUCGUAACGAAACAGAGUAAUAAAGAACCAUUUGCUAAUAUUGAUCGAAGCGAGGCGGAAAAAAUACCAAAAUCCGAAAACAAUAAAUCUGAGAACACCAGCCCUGAACGUGAAAUUUUGCCGAAACAGGCCUGCAGCAUUUGUCAUCUUCCUUAUCUGAGUAGCUCGAUGCUUAGGAACUCAACUACCAAAUGCAUGUUAUGUCGCUCUGGAAAAGUGCCUGAUGUUAUGAUCGCGACUGUUGAAGUUCCGGAUGGCAUACCCACCGUAGGCCGGGGCUGCUUCGUGCAAUCCUAUGUAUGUAGACCGUUACGUGAUGUGAAGGGCGAAUCCUACGCAAAAGAAGUAUCCGAUGGUUUGCCGUUCUUGGAGUACGAGCUCCACAGGUUACUGAUAAACAAAUUGAAAGUGAAAGGCAUGAACGCCGUCUUUGGCCUGAAGGUUCGGAUAUCUAUAGGCGAACGGAUGCUGGUCGGUAUUGCCACUGGAACAGCGGUCUUCCUGUCGCCUCUUCCAGCUCCUCCGAUGCCUAAGUUGAAAGCGGAUCGCAACGCCGAUGAGAACAAGAUCGCCCAGCUUCAGAAGUCGCUGCAAGACACGGUCAAACUGAAUAGAGAGAUUUACCAAGUCAUAAAUAUUAUUGAGCCUAAUGGGAAAACUCAGUCAGAUACUGAUGAUUCUGAAGACGAACAGGGUUCCCUCGAUUUGUCAGUCGGGAACAAAGACUGUUGUAUAUUAGAGGUGGACGAUCCGGAGGACGUGGACGUGUUGAACUCCAUUAUGGAACCUCGACCGCCAGAUGGUUUCCAUGUGGUCAACACCGAGAAUGUCCCAGGUCUCGAAGAUCUUGAGAUCGUCAAAAACCUUCAGAUGUUCACACAGAUAUGGAGGGCCAAGAUCCAGCCACCUUUUACACUCGACAAACACUUUCACCGUCUGCUUCAAAGCGUCUAUUUCAAACUUCGCAGGAUGAUCCCAUGCGCCCUCUGCGAUCUUCAAUUCAGAGUUGAUUCUCCCGAGCCAGACGAAAUUCAACUUUGUGUCUUGGGUAUGGCGUUGGGUCUGGGUGACGUACCAAAGAUUUCGAAGGCGAAGCGUAAACCCUUGACGAAGAAGCUGAACGUUUCAGACGACGAUUUGAUUUUUAAUAUGGAGGACGAUCAAAUACCGGAGAACAGCGUGGCGCAAACACCGCCGAGUACUAAUUAUUUGCUCACUCAAAGUCUAAAGCACCGCCAGAAAUCGCCAAUUAGGAACAGAUUCGUAACGCGACAAAGACAUUUACCUUACAAAGAGCGUCACGGCGUCGACAUUACCCCUUUGUCCUACAUCCCCGGCGGCAAAAUUGAGAAAUACUUGGGGAACCUUAAUUUCUUUUUCAUUAGGGAAACGACAUCGAUCAGAGAAGAAGGCGGAUUAAGCGGUUUCAUCCACGGCUUCAUGACUGAGAUCAUGGCCAUCGUCAGGGCUCAUGUAACAGCAUUAGGCGGGAAUGCGAUGGUGGCUUAUUUCCUCACCGAGUGCGUUUUAAAUCACAAUUUACACAAAAACCAGGGCCAAUGCCUUAUUAAUGUAGGCGGGGAUGUUGUCUACGUGUCCUACUACUCCGACGACCAAUAGGAACCUCCACACCUCAAAUACCUCAAAAGAAAAGAAAACCUUAGGGUUGUUCCCACUUGCAAGUAACAAAAAAGGAAAAUAUUAUAUAAAUAUUGUUCAUUCUAUAAUUACUGAGAUAUUAUUUUUUCAUUGCCUCAUGUGUGAGCGUGCGAAUUGCAUACAUAAAUAUAUCUAUUUAUGU